GUUUCACAUUUACGAAAACAGUUUUUAAAAUAAAAUCGAAUUUGUUAUUUCAGUAACGUUAAUUCUUCACAGAUGUAUAGUAACGUUGGCCGUCUUGAUGUUAAUACAGCUAUCUAAAAUAUAAAUGUAACUAGCUACGCUGCGUACAACUGAUUUGUGCUAUCUCAGACAUUAAAUUCCUCACUACAAUUGUAGUUGUCUCGGGCUCGCUUAAAUUCACAGAAUGAGUAGAAAUUUGCGUACAACAGCUAUAUUAUUUACUGUUCUUUAUUAUUGCACUUCAUGGGCCGUGGUCAAAUCAUCCCAAACGUUGUUUGUGGCGUAGGACCCAGUAGCUACGGCGAGAGGGGAGGAGUCGGUAAUGAUUGACAUGGUUUCAGAAAGCAGACUAGUGAUCGAGUUAACUACAGCCAUAACGCCGAUUGUCACUGUGAUUAUAGCAAAAUAGUGUAUAAAACUUUCCAGUCAAUUUUGCGUUGAAUUAUACGAAAACGAUGUAUUUUAACCCGUGAUCUUCUUUUUAUUGUCAUUCUCGGAGAGCUGAUAAUGCUUGAAAUGAAGCUGCCCAUGAGAACGGCGGAGGAAGGAGGGGGCGACACGGCCGAGGACGAGCAGGAACAAACGGAUUGUAAUGUCCAUAUUCGCGGCUCGGUUUCCCAGACGGCUUACAACAGAUAUGAGGAUUCCGCAAGAGGACUACGAUUCCCCCAUCAGUUGGAUAAGGAAACGGUGUUCGAAUGGUUUGGCUUGCACCUAAAUCCGGCCAAGCGAAUCGAGUUUAUGUGCGGACUGCUUCAUAUGUGCCAGCCACUAGAGCUCCGCUUUCUGGGCGCCUGUCUAGAGGACCUUGCUCGGAAAGAUUUCCACGUUUUGCGGGACUUUGAAAUAAGGGGGAACAGCCCGAACGACCUGGGCCUUCUGACAGACGUUGUCGACCCUGUCGUGAGGUCUAAACUGCUCGUUUGCUUGUCUCUCCUAGGAUCUGAAAACAGGGAAUGUGCGGGAAUUCUGUUUCGUAUAUUGAGCCGUGUGGAUCCUGCCUUGUACUUCAAAAACUAUGGCUUCCCAGUAUCUUCCUGCAGGGACCCUCAACAUCUUCAGUUCCAUCCACCGUGUGAGGAUGGAGAUGAAUACGGGAAAUCAGAUCGGAGCUGUGGGCCUCCAGCGGAGGCAGGGGUCGGACCCCUGGAGCAGCUGGCCUUGCUUUUUACUAUGGCCUCCUUGCACCCGGCAUUUCCUUUUCACCAGAGGGAGAAUUUCAGGAUACAGCUGGAUAAAGUCGACGUAGUAAUCGAAGAAGAGGAGCAAAACUAUCAACACAGCAACAACGCUCUGGGAUCAGGAGGCUGUACUUGUGGUUGUACUUCACUUCCCCUACACACAAGUGGCACUGUUCACGCUGACAAGUUGCAACAGAACAAGGUCCCAAAAACGGAUUACCUCUCCCCCAGCACUGAGACCAGCCUGAGUGACAGAGCGCAGUCUCUGCACCCCAGCCAGUCUCCCAACAGGAAAUCCCAGAGGGAAGCAGUGCACAUAGAGAGAAUCGUGCUCAAGGGGAUCUCCAGGAGCAGGGAAUACAGUUUUGAGGUGAAGUGGUCCGACGCUUCGUCAAGUCACGUGACCAAGACUCACCAUGACCUGGAGAACUUUUUGCUAAAGCUUCCAAGGGAGUUGUCCACAGAGUCCUUUGAGAAGGGCAUUCUCAGUUUACUCCGCCAAGGAGACAAAUGUGAAAGCAGGGAAGUAGAGCGGACGCUGAAAGAGAAGUUCCUGUCUGCGCCACAGUCUUUCCGACAAACAGGGACGGUUUGUGGAUUUUUCCUCUCAGAAUCUUCCGGGCCCAACUACAGCCGCUGUAACCCAGUGCCCGUGGGCAAGCCAUUCAAAGAGGACUGCUCCGAGGCAUCCAGCCAAGAGGAAGGUGUGUAUCUGGAGCCAUAUCCUCAGGGCCAUCGGAAGAAACCAGGCAGCAAGAGCCCCAGUCUUAGCGCUCCGAGCGCUAAGGGCUCUCAGGCGGAGACCAGCCGCAGGGCCCCGCUCUCGGAGCACAGCUGCGUCCCCGACUGGAGGAGGAAGAGCGGCUCUCUCAAGCCUGCGCACGAGGCGUGCGUCCUGUGCCCCGAGCAGCUGUACCGGGGUGAAGUGAAGGGGACCUCCCUUCCCGGGAACAAGACUAAAGUCAGAGCACCAGUGACUGACAGGGAAAAGGGUAAGAAAAUGGAAGGCAGGUUGGGCUACAUCCCCAACGGGAUCAUGAGGGCCGCUCCAGUACCGCUGCUCCCACAGCCUUCUGGGAAAGACCUCCGCCUGGACGUGGGCUCGGGGCCGGACACGUACGGCGAGACAUCCUCGGAGAGCUACAGCUCGCCGUCCAGCCCGCGGCACGACGGGCGAGAGAGCCUGGAGAGCGAGGACGAGAAGGACGGAGACACAGACAGCCAUUCGGACGACUCCAGCAAGGGGAAAACGGGCGGCUUCCUCCCCUGCAAAGGCGUGGGCGGGGCUGCCGUCGCCACGGUGCGCCCCCUGGUCCCCGUCCCGCUGAAGGAGGUGCGCUCCAGGCUGGAGAGCUCCCUGAGCGCCCCCAAGGUCCCCCAGCUGGCCUUCCUGCACCCGGUGCCGUACCCGGCCCAGAACGGGACGGCGGGGCCGGAGGGGGCGGACGGCAAGGCGGCGGGAGGCUCGGCGGCGGGCGGGGACGCGGAGAAGCCGGCGCCGGACCCCAGCCCGCUGCUGCCCGCCUUCGGCGCCCCGCUGCUGGGCCCCCAGCAGCCCCUCGUCCAGCGCUUCAGGACCGCCGCGCCGCCGCCCGGCUCGGAGAGCUGCGUCACCGCCGCGCUGCAGCCCCCCGUGGGCGCCAUCAGCUUCCCCCCGCCCGGCCCCGCCUACCCGUCCCCGCUGCAGCCCGCCUAUCCCCCCGCCGAGCCUGUCAUCGGCUCCGGCCUGCCCCUGUCCCUGCCCCUCGCCGAAACUCACCCCAAGGCCCCGGGGCUGCCCCUCCCCUCCGGGCUGCGCCCCUCCUACAGCCUGUCGGUCCCCACCACCGUCAUUCCCUCUGUGGGGGCCCUGGGUGGGCCGGCUGCCAGUCAAGUGCAGGCCAUGGUUCCGCCAGUGGUGCCCACCCACACCCCGGGCCCCGCCCCUAGCCCGAGCCCCGCCCUCACCCACAGCACGGCGCAGAGUGACAGCACCUCCUACAUCAACAGCACCAGCUGCGGCAGCGCCGGGGGGGCCUCCCAGCAGCCGCAGCAGCAGCAGCAGCCAACCCCAUCGCAGCAGAUGGGCUGCGGGACCUGCGGUUGCCGCGGCAGCUGCGGGAGCGGCCACGCCCCCAAUUACUUCUUCCCGCCCCACAUGACUCGCCAGGUGAUCAGCGUCCCGCCCAUCUUCCACCUAACGUCGCUGUGCAGCAGCAGCUACCUCAAUCAGGCGCACCAGAGCAACGGCGCCACCCAGCUGCCCUUCUUCUCGCACGGCCCCUCCCCCUAUGCCAGCGCGCCGCCGCCGCCGCUGCUGCACUCGCACUCGGACCACGUGCUGGGCACCCAGGCGGGCUACGGGCUGCCGCAGAUGGCGGCCUUCAACCGCUUCUACCAGCCCAUGUACCCGUCGGUCAGCAUGAUGCCCGGCAGCAGCAGCAGCAGCAUGGCCCUGGGCAUGAAGAAGAACAGCAACAUGUCCUGCUACAACUGUGGGGUCAGUGGGCACUUCGCCCUGGACUGCAAACAGCCAUCCUUUGACGCAGCACAGAAAGGUAAUACAGCCGCGGCCCGGGGGCGGGGGUGGAGAGGACCCCCACUGCCCCAGCAGCUACCCCAAAAGUGAAAUCUGACCGUCAGUCACUUAGAGAAAGACGACCGGCUGGGGAAGCAAACGGACACUUUUGUACCUCUUCCCUUGCAGGAUUUGGUUUAAAAAAAAAUAAAAAAAGACAAGACACCUGGUUGUAAGCUUUCAGGAACCUGCUCUGGACUGUCCCAUCUGUAUGGCAGGGUUUCAGAGAAAAAAAAAAAAUGACCUGAACAAAAUGUCUCCCAGCCAAGUUGAAAUGGAAAAGCUCUCUGAGCAGGGGCAAGCUGGGAAUUGUAGUGUUGUUUUAUUUCUUUUCUUUUCCUUGUCUCCUCCUGUGACGCGUGCAGUGAUGCCCUCCUCUGUGUGUCUUUCAGGUGGCUUUCGGCUGAAGUUCGUUCCCCAACACUCUUCUGAAGCACUUGACAAUGCUGACUGAAGGGACAGAAGACCACUGCAGCGUUCUCUCGCUCUGCAAAUCGAUAACGUUUCCGGAGACCUUUGCAUUUUCAGAGGGCUUUUUUUGCGCUUCCUUGUUUCGCUGUUAUUUCGUUAUUAUUUGUUUCACCUUUUCAAACGUGCUUGAGGGUCUGGCAGACCUGAAUAAUUGUGCCUGACGCUUCCCGAGUCGGUAGGUAAGGGAGAAUCUGUCUCGUCUCCACUGAGAUGUUUUGCAGUGGCCUCUGGUAUUUUGCACUGAACACUGGCGAGAGACACCGCCUCAUGUUUACUAACUUAUUUCUUAAAAUGUCAAAGAAAAAGGAACAAAAACACCAUGUCUCUUAAGAGUAUGGAAGCUAGGUAAUUAUUUUAUCCUAGAUAUAAAGGGGAUUCAAAUGGGAUUUAUUAUAGACUCUCCGAUGCCUUUUUGACACUAUAGCAUAUUUAUGCUUCCUUAUUUUGGUUUCUAUUUUUGUGUCAUACAGCAAAGGAAAAUAAAUGCAAACAAAAUGCAUUUAAAAUGUUUAAUGCUGGGAUUGUUUUGUUUUCUGACGCAGUGCUUUGAAUGUACAAUGUAUUAUUUUGAUUUCAUAAAUUUAUGGAAUUUGGCAGUAUCUUUCUAUUUUGAAAAAGGUUCAUUCAAAAGCAUUUGCCACUUGAUAUAAUGUGAAAUGCGUGAAGACAAAGUUAUUAAUCAUUGUGUUGUGUCAUUAAGCUAAACGCUGCUGUGUUUUAUUUUUAUUUUACGCAACAUGCACUAUAGCAGGCAGGAGUUCUGAAGUCCUUAAGUGCACUGAGGCAGAAUUCACAGAGCUGGAUGUUAUUGCCACAUUGACAUUCUGUUCGACUGCUGUUUAAUCAGUAUUCUUUGGGAAACAAUGCACUGCAGGUUUUGGCCACCAGGUGCCAAUUUGAGCCACUGCUUACCUCGCAGUCAGUGGAGUUGACACCCUGUGCGACAUGCCAAGGGAUUAGCAGAAGGCAUUCAGUAGCUCCUUGAGGUAGAUCUCAGUCUAUAAGCAUUUUGACCUGCCUGUACUAGCCAUGAUGCUAGAAACCUUCAUGGAGAAAAUUUUUUUUUUCUUUGUUUUAUGCAGCAGUGCUAUUUGACUGCAUUAUGUGUGUUUUUUGUACAUAUGUACAUGUGCAAACACGUGGAAACACACGCAGACAGUGCAUGACAAACAGCCAAAUUAGAACAGAAAUCUGAACGUGAAUAAGGUGUUUGUUUAUUGUUCUUUCGGAGAUGGCAGGGUUUGCGAUCUUUCCAAGCCCUUUCCUCGGUCCUGUGCUUGCUGGAUAAAUGGUUUUGAUUUGAGUUGCUUUAAGUUUAAAUGUUGAAGGGUGGUUUUAAUCUAUUUCUAAGAGCUUUCAACUGCUGAGGUAGUACGAAUCAUUUCUGCUUGUAUUGAAAAAAAGUGGGGAGAUCUUUGUAUUGGUGUAUAUCAAAAACUGGGAUAACAUGGAAUUUAUUUUGGUAAAUAUAAAACAUGAUUUAAAAAAUUAUUUAAAAACAACAAAAAAAAAAACUAUAAAACAAGGGGAAACACUUCUGUGGACCACAAACAUUAAAACGUUGAGUAAAUUGAGUAGGUGGAAAACGAUGUGGUCCUUAAUGCCUGUUGUACAUAUGAACCUGCCAGUUGUAUUUGUUGAACUUUUAAGGUUUAAAAAACUGUACUGUAUAUACGGGAGGUAUAUUCUUACCUUCCAUUGUAUGUUUACUGUAUUCUUUGAUAUCUAAAUGUUAUCUACUGGAAAGGUCAAAUAUAUUUCUAGAAAGAAUUUGGAUUUUAUGCAAAUUGUUGAUUUGUUUUUCUGGAAUUAACAGCAAUAAAUACAAAACAACAACGAC